AUGUACGGAGAACAAAUCUGCAGCUCAGAUGAAUCACUGAAAUCUGUGACAACAGCUGAGGAAUUCGUAGUGGUAUCGAACGCGAUGGGUGGCAAGGGUAUAGAAAUUCCCGUUUGCCCUACUCACGGAGUCCUACACAUGAAGAUGCUUAAAAGCAUUUUCAAGGACGCCACUGGACUGAAAUACCGAAAUCCCGAUAGCGGUCUAGAUAGAGUGCUUCUGAUGGACCAUGAUGAGACGUUUUUCAUAACGCCAAUAGGUGGAUGGAAAGACAAGACGUUCACAGUCGUACGUCCAACUAAAUUCGGUCGAGCAUCGAUUUUGGUGAUUAUACCACAGGCUUACAUUAUUCUAGCUCGCCAACCAGGAAACCAAAAGAAACAAACCAAGCGAGCGUUAGCCAAUAAAUUCAAAAUGAUGGCUAACGCCGAAGGCAACACAGAAACAAAAGCACGAUCCACUCCAUCAGGUGCGAAAGCUAGUGCCGUCUCGGUAGGUCCCGAAAAUGCUAGCUAA